UCGCCCAGCCGUCCUGACUUUCUUCCCUCCUUCCCUCAGAGGAUGUCCGCCUUCCAGAUCAACCUCAACCCGCUCAAGGAGCCGAUCGGCUUCAUCAAGGUCCUGCAGUGGAUUGCUUCCAUCUUUGCCUUUGCCACCUGUGGAGGUUUUAAGGGCAAAACAGAAAUUCUAGUGAAUUGUCCUCCUUUAAAAGUUAUUGAAAAUCAUACUGUUGAAGCUACUUUCGGUUAUCCAUUCAGGUUGAAUCAAGCAUCAUUUCGUUCACAUCCUGUUGUAAAUGUGUGCAAUGGAAAUUGGUCAAGUCAUUUCCUCAUAGGAGAUUACUCCUCUUCUGCACAAUUCUAUGUUACAUUUGCAGUCUUUGUAUUCUUGUACUGCAUUGCUGCCCUUCUGCUUUAUGUUGGUUACACAAAUCUAUACCGGGAUAGUCGUAAACUUCCCAUGAUUAUCUUUGGCUUUCUGAAUAUGAUACUUUGGGGAGGAAAUGCUUGGUUUGUGUACAAAGAGACAAGCUUACAUAGUCCAUCAAAUACUUCUGCUUCCCAUAGCCAAGGAGGUGUGCCACCUCCUGCUGGAAUAUAAUUGAAGGGAGAGAGAGUUACACUGUAUGAAGUAUGUGUCUGUACUAUGACUUGUUGCCAAUAUCUUCAGAAGCGCUUGUUUCUAAUAAAAGUAAUGGCUUUUUCAAUAAAUUGGUGGGUUUAAAA